CAGGAAAGGUAACGAGUGAGGACUUCCCUCACGGAAAAGCCUACUUGUAAUUUAUUGCCGUACCGGCGUGAUAUGAGUAUGAAGAUAUAUGUAGGCCUACUAACGAUCUACGGGUGCAUCUCUAUAGUUUACACUCCUUCUUCCGAUACCGGUCAGUUGGCGGUACAUUGGUAUUCAGGUUUCAGUCUUCAUGUGGACUCUAGGGCGUGGAGGAUGCUUGCGAGUUUUUUUUCAGAACCAAGAGUGCCUCGUCGCAUGUCUUCCUGUUCAUAAUCAUAUUACUGUGCGGCUCAAGUGGAACUACAACUAUUAUUUGGUGCCAAACCCUCCUGGAGGAUUUGGAGGAAGGCACCCCAAGCGAGGGAGCCCUGUAGCUCGACCAGCACCCUCUACUCAAUAUUGGCGAAAGGUCCACUUUCCUGAGGAUGGCAAAUAUACAAUAGAACCUCUCAAAGUCACUCGACUUGGUGGAAGGGACCCUGUAACAGGAAGAGUAGUGGUCAAAACAAUUGGAGGAGGAUGGAAGUACCAGUAUCAUUGGGUGGAUUUUGUAAGGCACGGGAAUUUGGAUGGAUCAGUGCGAGCAGAGAAAGUGGUUCGAUUAAUUCAAGAGCGAUCUCGGACAGCCCUCCUUGCUCUCACGGCUGAAGGAGACCAAAUGAGGUGGCGACUGGCCACCACUGCCAUGACACCUGGAGUCACAGUUUGCAAUCAUUCUGACAUUCCUCGAAUACCAGUGAGAGCCACUGAGGGAGAUGCUCACCCUUUGGGUGCAUUGCCAAAUGGAACUGUGAUAUGUCAUGUAGAGAAGUUUCCUGGAAAAGGUGCCUUCUUUUGCAGGGCAGCUGGUACAAGUGCAACACUUUUAAGAAAGAUAGAUGACCAUGUAAUUGUUCAGCUACCUGAUAAGCAUCAUGUCUCCCUCAAUGAGAAAUGCAUGGCUGUUGUAGGCCGUAUGUCAAAUGUUGAGCAUGGAGACACCCCAAUUGGGAGCCCAAAUCGACUGCGAUGGCUUGGCUUCCGCCCACGUUCUGGACUGUGGCACCGGAAGGAUGGCUACUGUGGUCGCAAGAUCCGUCCCCUACCUCCCCUCAAAGUUUAUGAUGAAGAAAAGGAAGUCAAGACCCAGCCUGAAAUAGUUCUGAAGAUGUUGCUGAAGGAAGAAGCCUCACAGGAGUAUGUGUUUGCAUGCCUCCCAAAGCCUCACCCCAGCCUCCAUGACCUGAACCCAAGGGUCCAGGCAAUGUUCUUGAACAUAUUGUCAUGGAUGAAAGAAGAGACUGACUUGGACUGGCUGGCCCUUGCCCCAGGACGCUCCUUGCUGCAUCUCCUGGGACAAGAAACAUCCCCGAAGGUAUUGAGAGGCUUAGCAGGUCUCUUGCAGGACUCCCUCUAUCAUGGGGGUGAUGUGGCCAGGGACAUCCAGAUCCUCAUGCCUCUUCUGGCCAAGGAUCGACGGGCACUGCAGCACUACUUCAUCCAUGCGCGACACCUCUACAAUCCCAUCCAUGUCUUUCGCUUUGUUUGUGCUACUCUCAAUAUCCUCUAUAAGCAUGUGAAAGGUAAGAUGGAGAAGGAAGAGGAAGUCCUGAAGAAAUCCUCUGAGAAAAAGGACAGGAGAUCCAAGAAAAAGAAGAGGCUGCGAAAUGAGGAUGACAGCUGCAAUGAUGCAGAUAAGGAGAAUAAUCCUUUACAAUCUCAAGGGGAGGGGUCAGGCAGCUCUGAAAGGAAGGAAGAGAAGGGGAAGAUGAGCCUUGAUGACGAGAAUGUUGUUGCUGGUCUACUUGAUGCCUGUCACGUUCUACUUAGUGAACACUCUGAACUGGCUGGUGUUGAUGCAGAGGAAAAGGAAGACUUUUAUGGUUUUGUUGAGAGGGCCAUCCCAUUCCUUCGUGGCUACUACAGCACCCUGCCUCUGCUGAAUUGGAAGAGGGGAGAUGACCUUCUCCAGCUCAUUUCAGAUUGGCUUGAAAUCGGUCUGGACCCAUCAAAGCAUCUCAGCCAGACUGCCAGGGCACAUAAGCAAGGGGCCCUAAGGUUUCGAGAAACAUCCCUCCCCCAACCACUUCUGGGAGUGAAGAUCUUGAAGGCUGCCCUCUCUCAUCCACUUCAGUGGAAGAAGAUCAUGGGAUCCAAUCGCUCUGACCUCAUCUCCCUGGCUCAACUCACACAAUCAGUUAAGGGAUUGGUGUCAGACCAUUUACAGUCAUUUAUGGAGGAAACUUCUAGGGUGAGAGAAGAUGGGUUCAUUUCAAGUGAAUUUCUAGCCUUGACCUUUGACCUUCACUUAUGUCUCUGUGGCCUCCUCCAUCAUGCAGAAGAGGAUGAGUUCUUCUUUGAUGGUCUCUGCCUCUUCCAAGAUGCUCUUCACUGGCUCUCCACGGUUCUGGUGACCAUGGAGGUGGAGGAUGAAGGAACAGUACUCAGGACACAGAUUUUUGAAAUUGCACUUGAGCGGAUUCAAGACCUCAUAUGGAUUAACACUGUGAAUCAUCAGGUCUUGGAGGCUACAACCAGCAUUGCUUCUCACCUUCUUUGCUAUGGAGAAACACUGAAGGCUGGAGGGAUAGUGCUGAAGUUGGCUGCUACACUUCUGUGCAGAGGAUGGUUGUUGAACCAAGGGCUUGCUAGUGAUGAACUGGCCCUGGCAUUGACUUCCAUGGCAUUUGAUGCCUUCAUCACAUUUCCACAAGGCUCUGCCUCUCUCAUCGAUGAGGAUAAAACACUUCCUGACGUGAAGAAAUGCCGUUCCAUCCUGAUGUAUUUAUAUGGAUGCAAGCCAAAAACUGGUCGUGAGGCUUUCAUCAAGAUCUUGGCCAAAGAGGAGGAGAGUGGAAGAAGUAUGAGUUUGGAGAGAGAGGCAGAGGAUGAAAAGUGGAAGUGGCCUCCAAUAACUGCUACUCUCUUCCUCUUUGUCAUCACCAGGAGGAAGUUGACCACGCCAAUACUCAGGCACCUUGUGUCUCUCCCUCUCCAGGAUUCAAAGGACUGUGAAGUGAGAGCCCAGAUUUUGCAUGGAUGGAGAACAAGCCACCUGGGAACAGGAAACAAGGAGUUCAAAAAAGCACUUGAAAUGUGCAUGAUAAAAACAAGACAUUUGCAGGCUGAGUCUCAAGAAUCAUCAAAUGAAGAAUCGAAUUCAAGUCCCCUGACACGAGCCCUUAGUAUUUUGUCACAACUGUGGCAAGAGGAGAUGAAUCAACCCCAGUCAUUUCUGGAGCUGUGAAAUUGCUGUCACCAUCCACCAUCUCCCCCCCCCCCC